AUGUACACACCUGUUGUUCUUCUCACUUCUCUCCUCUCCCUCAUAACCUCGACAAGCGCUGCCAAAUCGCUCAACCCAAAUCUAAAUGCCAUGCUCAAGAUGGCAGCAACCAACUAUGACCGACAUGUGAUCCUUGCCAAGGACACUGAUUGGUACUACGACUUCUUCAACCACCAAGACUUCAACGAUCAAGUUGGAUCCGUCAUCACCGCCGACGCUGCCACCUUCCCAGCACUCACAGGCCUCGGCAUCAGCUAUGCUCUACUGAAGCUUGGACCUUGCAGCAUGCUACCGCCGCACUUCCAUCAGCGCGCACACAACCUCGUGAUCGCGAUUACGGGAAACACAACGAGUUGGAUGGUCAACGAGAACGGCGUACGUCCGGUGAAGGUGGACAUUUUACCUUUCCGCGCGACAAUAUUUCCUCAAGGCAGCUUGCAUACGAUGCAGAACAAUGGCUGCGAGCCGGCUCUUCUUCUGAGUGCGCUGAACAGCGAUGACAGUGGAACGCUUAAUGCUCUCAACGGUGUCUGGGCUUUUCCUGAUAUGAUGAAGCAGGCUGCAUUUGGCGACCAGAACUUCGACUCUGCAAAGAUGGGCAAAGGUAUUCCAGAUGUUGGUACUGGCGCAGUGAGGGGCAGUUAUGAAUGCCGGAAGAGAUGUGGGAUUGAGUACGGAAAGUAG